CACAAAUUUUACAUUUAUGUGAGAAAAAAGAAGAAACAAAGAAAUCUGUUUCGGUGUGUUUCGCUCGGACAGUAACCGAAACCUGCCCUUUGAUAGUUUUACUUGCAUUGGAAGAGGGAACUGCUCGACUUCUACUGCUCUGGAAGCAGCAAUUUGUUCAGAUUUUCGUCAUGGAAGCGGUAAGAAACUUCCAAACUACUAAUUUGGCUGGAGGAUCGCAAUAGACCUUUUCAAAAUCUGUGCUUUUGCAAUCCGAAGAAAAGGAUGACUGCAAGCCAUUUGGUCGCUGAAUCAGUGUGGAAAACUAUCGAGUCAACUCAUCGUGUGAGUGAGGAGCAGCUGUCAAUCUUGCAUUUCUUGUUUGGUAAAAACUUGGAGAGAGCAACUAGGAUAGUGGACCAAAGGGGUGUCAAGAAGAUCUCUGGUGAGCCCAGCGGUCGUUCUAUCUUUCAGGUUGUGGGAGAAUCUAGGAGGAAGGAGGAGUAUUUCUGUUUUCCUGAACACUAUUGUGCUUGUUAUUCAUUCUUUUAUGAUAUAGCUAACAGAGGAGAACAACUUUGUUGUAAGCAUCAAUUAGCUGCAAGACUUGCUGGAUCAUUGGGAGCUUGUGUUGAAGUUAAAGUGUCUGAUGAACAGCUAGCAUUAUUGCUUUCAGAACUCUAGAUCUUUGUAAUGAACUAACUCUUUAUUUUUUAGAUAAAGAGGUAAUGCUGGAGAAAUUAGCAUGUAUGGGAUUUUUGUUUUAUAAUCAGAGGAAUAGCCAGGUAAAACAUCUAGGAAAUGUAUCCAGCACGCUACUUGUUUUGUCUAUUGAACAACAUCAUUCUCAAGUUCUUGGCUGUUUA